UCAGCUGGUUGAUAAAAAGAAAAAAGCCGCUACCACAGGAAGAGACGGACAGCGGCUGCAGGAGUGAGUUGAACCGGCGCAAUGGAGGUAACGAGGUGGCCCCUCAGUUUGUUCGUGGUGACUCUCAGCAUCGAGGCGUCUUACAGUUUAGUGGAGGGCUUGGAAUCCACACAGAAAUAUGACUACACCAAAUAUCACCCCAUGGAUGAGAUAUACAGUUGGAUGGAAGAUGUGCAGCGCGGGAAUCCACAGCUGGUCUCCUCUGCUGUCUAUGGACACACCUCUGAAGGGAGAAACAUCUCCCUGCUGAAGUUGGGACUGGAACACCCGGAGGGCAGCGAGAAGAAGGCCGUGUGGGUGGACUGCGGCAUCCACGCCCGGGAGUGGAUCUCGCCCGCCUUCUGCCAGUGGUUCGUCAAAGAGAUUGUCAACUCGUGUCGCACCGACGGGAAGAUGCGGCGGAUGCUGCAGAACCUCGACGUCUACGUCACCCCCGUGAUCAACGUGGACGGAUACGUGUUCUCCUGGGCCACAGAUACCACCCGUCGGUGGAGAAAGUCUCGCUCGACCCCUCCGCCGGGCGGCAGCUGCUACGGCGUUGACCUCAACAGGAACUUCAACGCCAACUGGGGCACGGUCGGGGUGUCGUUUGACAGUUGUGCUAACAACUACUGCGGGAAAUCAGCAGGCUCAGAACCAGAGGCUCAAGCUGUGAUGGACUUUGUUGGUGGGAUGGUGAACCGCACUGUGUGUUUCCUCACCAUCCACUCCGCUGGGCAGCUCGUCCUCUUGCCUUACGGCCACCCUGAGAUCUCUGCGCCCAACUACGCUGAGCUGGUUUCAGUCGGUGAGGCAGCCGCAUCAGAAAUGAAGAAGGUGCACGGAAUGGACUACACUGUGGGAACAUCCCCACAACUCCUCUAUCCAAACUCCGGCUCCAGCCGCGACUGGGCUCGUCUCGUUGGCGUCCCGUUCUCCUACACCUUUGAGCUGAGGGACAAAGUCGAGUUCAGAUACCUGCUGCCAGAGGAGCAGAUCCAGCCGGCCUGCGAGGAGGCCUACGCGGGGGUUCUGUCCAUCAUCGCACACGCUCACGACAAGACCUUCCCGUACGCUGCCGGGUCCGGGCCCGCUGUGGUGGGGUCCGUGUUACUCACCAAGAGAGGACCUGGUGUGGAACGAUAGAAAGGUUGUUCCACAACCUGUUAGACGAGGGAGUCUAUUGGAUACAUGUAGGCUUUCUGACUGAGGCAUUUAAGCGAAUUCUGUAAUUAGUGCUCGGUAGUGACAUUCAUAGGUCACGAGAACAAAAGCUGGGGAUGUAAUUCCUCUUUAAAGCAGCAGGGGGCAAUGUUGUCCCGUUCAAGCCACCGGCUUCCUGCCUUCUUUCUUUACUUGUGUUUAUCAUCCAUUGUUCACCAUGUAUGAGAAUGCUUGUUUUGUCAUUACAUCCCACUCUCUUCAA